UAUACAUUUUGUGUAUAGUUUACCGACGUGGUUCUUUAAAUGCUUUGUGUAGAGGCGCUAGUUUAUGUACUUAAAUUCACAGCUGACGUUUCUCGAGGCUUUUCAAUACUUUACGGCUUAUCAUCUGUGACGGUGACAAGGAUACUUGAUACUUGAAACGUAGGAGAAAAUACAUUCAAGAUGACUGAUGAUAAUAGUGGAGACUCAAAGGAGGAUAAGUCUCAAGAAAAUAAUACGACAGCCCCAUUGAAUCAUCCCUGCACCGUGGAGGAACGAGCAGAAUAUUUUAAAAAAUUGGAAAAAUGGCUGCAAGAAGCAUAUGCAUGGCAAAGCGUAGUUGCAAUGUUUCCAUACUACGUGAUGUCUAGUCAGUUAUUGAAUCGCACUCCUGGUGUUACUCCGUUUCCUCCACAAGUACCCCCAAAUGCAGGAGCUGCAACGGCCACAAACAAUGAUCCAAAUAACGUUAACGCGACUAAUCGACAAAAUAACGUUCCUUUACGCCAAGGUGGACAACAAGAACCCCGAGGACCAUUCCGACCACCCGGAGUUGAAGGUUUUGAAUAUCGCAUACCACCAAUAUGGAAAAGAUUUGUGGCUGAGUUCAUUGAUUCUAUGGUGCUAUUUAUUGCAAAAUUCUUAAUGAGUCUGUUCAAUGAAUUUUAUGAAUUUUAUCCUCUUUUCAGAAGCAUAGAGCAAUACGAUUUAGAUCAGUUCCAAAAAAAUCUACGAUUCGAUUAUAUCAUGGCUCUGGAGAUGACCUCUGAACUUCUUAUACUAGAAUUAAUUCAUCGAAUAAUGGUUUGCAUUUUCGAAACAUUUUUUCUGUAUCGUGGCCUCAAUGGACGUAUUGGAGGUGCCACACCAGGAAAACUAGUUAUGGGUUUACGAGUUGUUCAGUGUCGCAGCAUAACACCUAUUGAACGACCAGAUGGGUCAGAUGUGGUUUUAGUAUCACCCGGUACAGAUUUGGGUUUACCACUUGCAAUUGGUCGUUCGGUGGUCAAGAAUUUAAUUAUAGCACUGUUAUUUCCCAUAUGCUUUGCACUGUUCUUUUUUAGAUUUAAUAGGACUGGAUACGAUCUUGUGUGUAAUUCGAUCGUAGUUGAAGAUCCUUACAGAAUCCCGAAUAAUAAUAGACCUCAUCAACAAUAAUAAUCAACGGAUAAUGUAAAGAGAUGACUAUACUAUAGAACACGCACAUAUUAUGUACAUAAAUGUGUAAAAUAAAGUACAUAUAAUUCACAAAGUACAGACAGUCAUAUCAGGCAUAAAAGUAUGUGGAUAUACACUGAAAAUAAAAGCUACCGGUUCAUAUAAUUUUUGGAUUAUAAAUUAUGAUUAGAUAAUGAGAAAGAUUGUAUUUUUAGGAUAGUAAAUAUGUAACACUGGAUUAUGUAUUAUUCCAUAUGGUAAUUUAAUAGUAUUUAUCGCGAGUAUACUUGGGGUAAGAAGAGGGUAAAUUUAACGAUUAAAAAUGGCUCGUUUAGUCACAAAUUUUUUUCAAUAUGCAGAAUAUGUAUUUAUACAAAUAAAGUUCGAGCUAUUUAUGUAA